GUGCUGAUGAAGUGGUCGAGCUGGUUCCUGCUCCUCGCGGCGCCGCGCGCGCUGGCCGGCUGCUGGGCACUCCGUGCACCGAGCCUUGAGUUGUGCAAUCCUUUGUAGCACACCAGAGAGCCCUCCUCCUGCGCUGUUGCCUCUCGCCCUUUUUUUUUUUUUCAAGCUGUGAGCUCAACCGAUGAGUCAGAGCCGUGCAAUCCUGACACUGCAUCGCAGGACUGGGGGUGACACGCAGGGAGGGAGAGCGCUUGCGAGGUGGACUGCACGGGGCGCGCCAAGGUUCCUACGCUGUGAACGAGCCGGGGUGACAGCCCGCGCGUCCCGCCACGGCCCUGCCAGCAAACUUCCCAGCUGAGGGAGGCACAGGCCCGCAGAAGCCCCACGAACGCCGCGGGGAGGCGAGGGUUUCUGUUUGUUUUCAAAAUCGGGAGUGCGCGCAGGGGGCUGGAGCCCCGGAGGUGACUGAAGGCCACCGACCGAAGGCGGCGGCCCACAGAGGAAAGGGCACGGUUGAGGCCGAAGCGCGGGCCGGAGCGGGCCUCCAGUACCUGGUGAAGCACCAUGAGCUGGGAAGAGUAGCUGCGCCAGAGCUCUUGUGGAAGAGGAAGGAAGAGCAGGUCUCUGCCUGAGGCUGACUCCCUUCACUGCUGUGUCAGGACCAGCUUUUGCCAGGCCCUCUGCCCAGGGAAUGGGCCAGUGCUGAGGCGGCUGUCCCUGCUGGGGCUCGGUUGGCCACACCAUGAACCUGCAGGCCCAGCCCAAGACCCAGAACAAGCGCAAGCGCUGCCUCUUCGUCGAGCAGGAGCCAGCUCCCAAAGAGCUGCCCCAGCCAGUCCGUGUAAAGGACGAGCAGUACGGCGGUGGGCUUGAGGGUCCGGGCGCCUCCUCCACCUCUCAGCCUGCCGAGCUACCGCCUCCCAGCAGCCUGGCUCUGCUCAACUCUGUUGUGUAUGGAUCUGAGCGGGCCCCAGCGGCUAUGUUGUCACAGCAAGUGGGCUCCGUAAAGUGGCCCAACUCGGUGAUGACUCCAGGGCGGGGCCCAGACCGGGGAGCAGGUGGCGGUGUCGGUGACAGCAGCUGGCAGCAGCAGCCUGGCCAGCCGCCACCUCCUGCUGCAUGGAAUCGUCUGUCCCUCUAUGGCGGACCCAAGGGGAGCCCUCAUCCCAGCGUGGGGGCCUCUGCCUACUAUAACCACCCUGAAGCGCUGAAGCGGGACAAAGCUGGCGCCCCACAGCUGGACCGCUAUGGAAAUGCAGCGCGGCCCAUGAUGCCGCAGAAGGUGCAGCUGGAGGGAGGGCAGCCUCAGGUGCCCCUGAACUCUUUCCAUGCAGCCAAGAAACCCCCCAACCAGACACUGCCCCUGCAGCCUUUCCAGCUGGCCUUUGGCCACCAGGUGAAUAGGCAGGUCUUCCGGCAGGGCCCGCCACCCCCCAACCCUGCUGCCGCCGCCUUUCCUGCGCAGAAGCCGCAGCCGCAGCCGCAGCAGCAGCAGGCCUCCCUGCCCCAGAUGCAGCUCUUUGACAACUUCUACCCCAUGCAGCAGCCACCCUCGCAGCAGCCCCAAGACUUCGGGCUGCCAUCCACAGGGCCCCUGGGGCAGCCGCACCUGACCCACCACAGCAUGGCCCCCUACCCUUUCUCCCACAAUCCAGACAUGAACCCAGAACUGCGCAAGGCCCUCCUGCAGGAGGCGGCCCCUCAGCCUGUGCUACCUCAGCCCCAGAUGGCCUUUCCCCGCCGCUCGCGCCGCCUUUCUAAGGAGGGGAUUCUGCCUCCCACCGCCCUGGAUGGGGUGGGCGCCCAGCCUGGGCAGGAGCCCACAGGCAAUUUGUUUCUUCACCAUUGGCCUCUGCAGCCACCGCCUCCCGGCUCCCUAGGGCAACCCCAUCCCGAAGCUCUGGGAUUCCCUAUGGAACUGCGAGAGUCGCAGCUGCUGUCUGACGGGGAGAGACUGGCACCCAACGGUCGGGAACGGGAGGCUCCGGCCAUGGGCAGUGAGGAGGGCCUGAGGGCAGGGGCCACGGGUGAAUGUGGGCAGGUGCUACGAGGGGGGGUGAUCCAGAGCACAAGACGGAGGCGCCGGGCAUCCCAGGAGGCUAAUUUGCUGACCCUGGCUCAGAAGGCGGCGGAGCUGGCCUCACUGCAGAGCACCAAGGAUGCCAGCUGUUCUGAGGAGAAGCGGAAGAGUGUGUUGACCUCAGCCACCAAGUGUGGGGUGGAGUUUUCCGAGCCAUCCUUGGCCGCCAAGCGGGUGCGAGAAGACCCGGGGCUGGUGCCCCUCAUCAUCCCCGUGUCUGUGCCUGUUCGGGCUGUGGACCCGGCUGAGGUGGCCCAAGUUGGAGGUGUGGAUGAAGAUGGGAAGGACCUGGAGCAGCACUCCACUGAGCACAAGCCAUCAGUUAUUGUCACCCGCAGGCGGUCCACCCGGAUCCCAGGGGCAGAUGCCCCUGCUCAGGCUGAGGACCUGCACGGCAGGUUGGAGGGGGAGCCUUCUGUGCGAAAGCCGAAGCAGCGGCCGCGGCCCGAGCCCCUGAUCAUCCCCACCAAGGCGGGCACGUUCAUUGCCCCCGCCGUGUACUCCAACAUCACCCCGUACCAGAGCCACCUGCGCUCUCCCGUGCGCCUGGCCGAACACCCCUCCGAGCGCAGCUUCGAGCUGCCGCCCUACACGCCGCCCCCCAUCCUUAGCCCCGUGCGGGAAGGCUCGGGUCUCUACUUCAAUGCCAUCAUCUCCACCAGCAGCGUCCCGGCGCCUCCGCCCAUCACGCCAAAGAGCGCGCACCGCACCCUGCUCCGUUCCAACAGCGCCGAAGUCACCCCGCCUGUCCUCUCGGUAAUGGGAGACGCCACCCCUGUGAGCAUCGAGCCACGCAUCAACGUGGGCACCCGCUUCCAAGCGGAAAUCCCCUUGAUGAAGGACCGUGCCCUGGCAGCUGCAGACCCCCACAAGGCUGACCUGGUGUGGCAGCCCUGGGAGAGCCUAGAGGGCAGCCGGGAGAAGCAGCGGCAAGUGGAGGACCUGCUGACAGCUGCCUGCUCCAGCAUCUUCCCUGGUGCCGGCACUAACCAGGAGCUGGCCCUACACUGCCUACACGAGUCCCGGGGAGACAUUCUGGAAACUCUGAAUAAGCUGCUACUGAAGAAGCCCCUGCGGCCCCUCAGCCACCCGCUGGCCACUUAUCACUACACAGGCUCUGACCAGUGGAAGAUGGCUGAAAGGAAGCUGUUCAACAAAGGCAUUGCCAUCUACAAGAAAGAUUUCUUCCUGGUGCAGAAGCUGAUCCAGACCAAGACGGUGGCCCAGUGUGUGGAAUUCUACUACACCUACAAGAAACAAGUGAAAAUCGGUCGCAAUGGAACUCUAACCUUUGGGGACGUGGACACAAGUGAUGAGAAGUCAGCCCAAGAAGAGGUGGAGGUGGACGUUAAGACUUCCCAGAAGUUCCCGAGGAUGUCUCUUCCCAGAAGAGAGUCCCCAAGUGAAGAGAGGCUGGAGCCCAAGAGUGAGGAGAAGGAGCCCAGGAAGGAGGGGGAGGAAGAGGUCUCAGAAAUCCAGGAGAAGGGGGAGCAGGAAGAGGGGCGAGAGCGCAGCAGGCGGGCAGCUGCUGUCAAAGCCACGCAGACACUCCAGGCCAAUGAGGCGGCCAAUGACAUCCUUAUUCUGCGGAGCCAUGAGUCCAAUGCCUCUGAGUCGGAGCCAGCAGGUGGCCAGGCCUCAGAGAAACCAAGGGAGGGGCCAGGGAAGUCACGAAGGGCGCUGCCUUUCUCAGAGAAGAAGAAAAAAGCAGAGGCAUUUAGUAAGACCCAGAACCAGGAGAACACUUUUCCUUGUAAAAAAUGCGGCAGGGUGUUCUACAAGGUGAAGAGCCGCAGUGCCCACAUGAAGAGCCAUGCGGAGCAGGAGAAGAAGGCCGCGGCCCUGCGGCAGAAGGAGAGGGAGGCCAAGGAGGCCGCCGCUGCCCUGCACGCCCAGGAGGAGAGUGCGGGCGACAAGGGCUGAGUUCACCCGCAACCUCGAGGGCAGAGUGUCGUGUGGACAUUUCUCAGCAAAACAAUUAGACAGUGAAAUAAACGACCUUUUUCCUUUAUAAAGGCCCCAGGAGCAGUGUUAAGGACUGCAGGAUCCAGUUCUCUUUGCCUCCGGUCUUUGGGAAGUCGUCCUCCUGCUUUCCUGACUGAGCGUGCUGGUCAACCUGGGGGCUGCCGGGAGUGGCCCCGACCUGGUGGCCUCCGUGCAGAGUGGCCUCGGCCCCCUUCUCCAACUUCCAGGAAGCCACCUUGGCUAGCCAAGCACAAGCUCAAUCCUUUGCAGCAUUUUUUCCCUGCCCCAGCGGACUUGGUAGGCUGCAGUAGGCCUUGCCCCACCCCCAAGCAAGGGACUCCCUUGGAGGGCGUGUGGCACCCCUGCAGGCGGUGUCUAGGCCUGCGCUGCUCUGGUGACCCUCUCUUCAGGCCACGGCCUCACCUAGCGGGGAGUGAAGCCCAGCCAGGACAGGUGCUGGUCGGCAAAGCUUUGAGCAGUGCUGGGGAAGGGGUCGCUCUUCUGUCCUCGCUGUCAGCCUGCUCCAGGAAGGAACCAUCCGGAGGCUGCAAGCUGGAAGCCGGGGCCACAGGGCUUGGCUGUGGCAGCGUUGGACAAGCCCCUCCUGCUUCCCACCCUCCUUUUUGCCAAAUACCUUUGGGCCAUUGAGGCUGCUGAGGGAGCUUAGCCUCAAGCAGGUCCUCCAGCUGGUGCCAGCUCCCAGCUUGCCUCUGCCCUGCCCUCAGUAGCUGCCACUUCACUGCCCCAACCCCCACCCUCUUUGAUCCCCAAAGCUCAGCACACCCUACUGCGCUGGAGAUUUCUGGGUCUUUCCUGGGAGAGGAGGUUUCCUGACUAGAUGGGACAGGAGCCUCCAUUCUUUGACUUGUGUCAUUUGGGAGCUAUUUAUUUAUUUUUAAUAUUUAAUUUUUAACAUCCUCUCAGGGACCAGGGGCCUCCUGAUUUUCAGAGGCCCAAGUGCAUUUAUCCCAAAACCAGGCACCUUCUUGACACCCCCAAUUCCCCAGACCCUAGGGUCCCUCUUCCUGUUGCUGUGGAAUUUCUGGCCACUGAUGGGAAUGACAGCAGCACUGAAGAGAGGCUGGGAUGGUGGAGGGCGUCCCUAAAGCCACACAGAGACUAGCAGGGGGAGGGAGAUCAAAGACAGUUUCUGUUGCCCCUCUUUGAUACUUUGAAAUGGCCUGCGGGAGUUGGCAGAAGGCUGGAAUUUCAGUUUUGUUUACCAGGCCUGCACACUAGCACGCAGAAGCCAUAUUUGGCCUAGGAUCCUGGGAGUGAGGUGGCCAGAAGCUUCUGAGGCCCCUUCACUUGGAAGUCUCACGAGAAGCUUGAGUUAGUUUUUCUGAUGUCAUUACUCGGUGUUAGUUGUGCAAAAGAAAUUCAAAGUGAGUGUGUGUGUGUGGGGCCGGCAGCCUUGGGCCCCCAGAAUUCAUCCUGCUGCUGCCUAGGAGAUAGCCUAAAAACAUUGUGCUGGUGACCGGGAAUGGAGAGGCAGUUUUGCAUUUAAACUAUGCACUAGGAGAUACUUACAUUAGCUUAUGCAUUAGUAAGGGUUCUGUAAGACCCCAGCUAUGAAGGGAACAAAAUCCCCUCCCCCAAGAUGUGUAGACAGCUGCUCAGAUCUCCAGCAUCCCCAUUAGUUUCCUCCACGGGUGUCUGUCAGCUCCAGGUCCCACGACUGCAGAAAUCUGGUGACCCCGAAGGAGGGCAGCAGAUGCUGGCUCUCUUCCAAGUCACGUGUAUACUAUGAGUGCCUUCGCAGCUUCGCCCCAAAGUGCUACUUACGCUUCCCAAGGUUUUUUCUAGUCCGCAUUUGGUUUCAGGCGCCUUGAUGGAUGUGUGAUAAUAGAACCUCCUUUAGUCCCACAAGACCCUUCUGUUCACUGGUAGCAUCUAGAAUUUGGAUUUUUUUUUUUUUUUUAAGUGAUUUGACACUUCUAAGCUCAGACCAGACUAGGCAUAGGUAGCCAAGGAAAGGCAAGCUGGUACCUCCUGGUCCCACUGCACCAGACGCCAUGGUUUAGGAGAGCCUGUGUUCAGAAUGCAUUUGUAUCUGGAGUGUGAUGUGAGAAACGUGUAGAGGACAGCUACAGUUGUGGCAGUAACCGCUCAGCAAAGUCUUGUAGCCAUAGAAGCUGGCAUAGGUAUAUAUAUCCUUAAUGGUGCUUUCUCCCUAUGACUAUAUUAGGCUUGUCUUCUGUUGUUUCCCCUCCUAUUGAGAGCUCUUUGCAUUAACAAGUUAAGCUGCAAACAGCCCCAGCUUUAUCAUGUCCUCCCCACACUGUCUUACCAUGUCAAUCUCCCAGCCUCCUUUGCGUUCAGUUAAGAGGUAUGAAACUGACCCUAGUGCCUGGUGUCUGUACCGUUUCUGUACCGUUUCUUACCCACCUGAGGAGACAGUGUUGUCAUCACUGUCCUCCAUGCCUUUCGCAGCCCCCUCCUGGCUGAGGUGCGCGCCUGCCUGCCCCUCUUGACGCCCACACCCCCGGCACAGAGGUCCUGUGCUGCUUGUGUCCAAGGGGACUCCCUGUAGUAACUGCCUCAGUGACCUAACCUCUCCUCUCGUGCCCGAGAUUAAGAUGGAGGACCGCCACACAGACUCAUGCCUCAGCUAAGCGUUUUCACUGGGCUUCACUGUUUUGGGCUGUUAUUUAUUAUCAGACUGGCAAGCCCAACUCCUUAGGUUUACAGGAAGUUUGCGUAUUUUUAUAAUUGAGUUGUGUCUGCACCACAUUUGGCUGUGUUCAUAUUUGCCUCUGAUUAACACUUUGCAGCUGUCUCACCUUUUCCUUACUCGUCUCAGAACUGAAGGCCUUGGAGGGGGCAGUACAGGAAUAGCCUUGACAGUCUGUAAUUAUUGUACAGAUAUUUUCAUAGCAUAUAAAUAAGUAUAUUCCUUUUAUUUUGAAACAAAAAAUCAGACACUGCCUUUUGUGUGUUUGCUGCCUGUGGCACCCUUUUUUAAGAGACUGUUACAUAGUAAAAUAGUGUACAUAUAUAAAUAUAUAUAAAUAUAUAUAUAAUAUUACCUCUUUUGCUGUACAGUUGUGAUAGACCAGAUGGAAGAUUUUAUUUUUUGUGUGCUUUUUAUAAAAAAUUAAUACACUAAAGAAUCUUGCUGAUGUGAUUGUAACGUAUCUACGUAACUUAUUUACUUUUGAA